CUUCUUUUGCAUAAGAAAGAAAAAAAAAGAGAAAUUGUGAAAGAUGAAGUCCAAGAUGUUGAAAGAAGCAUUCUUUCUCAUGGUUAUCACAACAAUUAUGGUUUCUUUUCCAUUUUCUGUGUCUGCAGAUGAAGAUCUGUAUCACAAGUGUGUUGAUGAAUGUUACUCAACUUGUUUUGCUGACAUUGCUGGUUGCUAUGAAUAUUGUUUACAAGAAUGUAAACAUCCUGAUUUUCAUGCGUCGAAAAGGCUAAAAUGCUCCGACGUUAAUUGUGCCAAGUUUAAAGGAGAUAAGAGGUUCCAUUGCCUUAUCACAUGUUCGAAGAUGGAAGACAAAUUCAAAGGUGGAAAAGUACUUGGUGCAGAAAAACAUCAAAAUAAGAUUCAUUGAUCUCAUAAAAGCAUAUUAAAUUGUUGUUAUUCCUAGUGAAAGUUUUACCUUUUAGGUAGUGAUUAUUGUCUACAUUUACUU